CACCUGCCACGUGCAUCAAUAUAAAGACGAGAUUGGACACAUAUAAGGUUUAUUAAUUGGCUAAUACACAACCAUCAUGGUGAGAGUACUGUCAAGAAUAUUUGAAAAAAGUUUUUUGAAAAAAAUGUUCAUAUUACAAAUUCUGCUGUUUGGCUUAUAUGUAAUAAACAGAAGGUCACAGACGGUUGAAUCUACCACUGACGUAAAAAACUAUAUUCAAAGGUCAAAUGUUAUUGUUAAUCCUGAUCCUGAUCUGCGAUUUGCGCAUGCUACCUUGAAACCAAUAGAUUUAAUUCGAUUUGAUUGUGGUGAACUUUGCAACACAUCUAGAAAAGGUCAACCUGGUCCUUACUUUGACCAUGUUACGGCAAAUAUAAAUUGUGAAGCACUAUUUAGUAACGAAUACAUAGACAGCGGGCAUGGGUUGGCACGUGCGCCAAAGGAAAUUCCCAAAGAACUUAUGGAUGAAUACACAAUGAAUGGUAGAGUUGGUAUAAAGAAAUGGUAUUUUGAUGAACAGUAUCUAGGCAAAAAAGCAUUCACACCAGUGUGGACGGAGGAAAUGAUAGAGAAAAACAUCAAAGAAGCAAAAGCGCAAAAACUAUUCAGUCCGUACGGUCUUGCCAAAAUAAACGCUUUGCGUGAUGGGUUGAAACAUGCACCUGGAAUCCAAGAUGGACGAGUUCUUGUUAUAGGUUCCGAACGGCCUUGGGCAGAAGCAUGUGUGUUAGAAGCAGGAGCACGCGAAAUCCUGACUUUGGAGUAUGGAAAAAUAAUUUCUACGCAUCCUAAAGUAAAAACCAUCGUUCCGCUUGAUUUCCGAAUGCGGUAUCUCAAUAACACUUUGGGAGAAUUUGAUGCAGUCGUUACAUUUAGUUCAGUUGAACAUUCUGGCCUCGGUAGAUACGGCGACGCCCUCAAUCCAUGGGGAGACAUUAUUGCAAUAGCAAGAGCUUGGUGUGUUACAAAACCUAAAGGAUCCCUCACAUUAGGUGUUGAAUAUAAAUAUGAAGGCGAAUACAUAGCAUUUAAUGCACAUCGUUAUUAUGGUAAAAUACGGUAUCCAUAUUUAACAACAAACUGGAAACAAUACUAUAAAGGGAUAGGAACACAACUUGUUCAUGUUUUUGUUAAAUAAAUAAAUAUGUUAGA